AUGACACUCACAGAUGAAGUUCACCAUCUUAUAUCUGCCAUACAAACCUUGGAUACUUCCGUCCAUAAUUUUAUGGAGACUGUUGUUGAGAAUUCUCAGAAGGUAGAUCAAUCUCGCCAAUUUGUUAUUGAUGAACUUCUUCAGAAAACACAAACUUUGCAUAAUACCAGUUUGGAAUCUAUUUUAGCUUCACAUCGUCGAGAGAUGAGUACCUUGCUGCAACAACACACACAAGAUACUACCAAUCUUGCUGAUACUGUCACUCGUAACAUGGCAUCAAUCUUGCUUACACGUUUUCCUUUGAAUACCCCUUCUCCUGGUCUGCAUAGUGCUCAUGGCAGCAGUGUUCCUUCUGGUAACACUCACGGUACCUCUGGUAGCAGUGGUAUUCUUGGUUCUCCAAUACCUAAUAACUUGAAGUUUCCUAUCUUUGAUGGAACGGAUCCUGCUGGAUGGAUCUUUCAGUCAGAUCAGUAUUUUCGUCUUCAUCAUACAAUUGAAGCUGUAAAAAUUGAUAUUGCUACUUCUUCCUUCAAAGGCGACGCUAAUGCUUGGUAUCGCUGGAUUCAACCAAAGCUCACUAAUCCUACAUGGACACAAUUUUGUUCACUGGUUCGUGAACGUUUUGCUGAUAAGAAGUUUUCCAAUCCACGUCUAGCGCUAUCCACAAUUCUUCAACAAGGUUCAGUGCGUGAGCACAUUCGAGAAUUUGAACAACUGCUAAAUUUCGUUACAGAUUUACCAGAUGAUUAUGUCAUUGAUCUCUUUGUUCGAUCUCUCAAGAGAGAAAUUCGAUCUGUUGUGGAAAUUUUUGAGCCACCCACAUUGGCUAUUGCUUUUCAAAAGGCUAUUAAACAAGAAGAUGUGUUACUGUUUAACCCAUCUUUUUACAAAUCUAUUGCGAGACAAAACCCUUACAGACAGCCGACUUCUUCAACCCCUUCCUUUGAUCCAACUAAUACAUCUUUUAAGAAGUCUACCAUUCCAGCUGGCGUUAAACGUUUAUCUCUCGAGGAAAAACAUAUAAGACGUGAGCAGGGCCUAUGUUUCAAUUGUGAUGAACAGUAUAAAGCUGGACAUGUGUGUGCAAAGCCAUUGAACUCUAGAUUAUUGAUUUUAGAUAUGACUCCAGAAGUCCAUGUUGAAGAUGAUGAGUAUCCACCUGCGUCUCUUACUGACGAGAUAAUUACUCCUGCGGCUGCAAAUCAGAUAUAUUCUGACCCCACCAUUUCAUUCCAUGCUUUCACUGGCACUUCUUUUCCAAACACUAUGCGUGUUACUGGUAGAAUUGCUGGUCACACACUCACUAUUUUACUUGAUUCCGGAUCAACCCAUAAUUUCCUACACCCUUCUGUUGCUAAACGAUGUGGUGUUCUCCAGAAGACAGCUGCUGAUCAUAUGAAUGUUUUGGUGGGUAAUGGAGGAAUUCUAAAAACACAAGGACUUUGUUCUGAUGUUUCCUUAGAAUUACAGUCUUACAUGUGCACUACUGAUUUUUUCUUACUAGAAUUGAGUGGUUGUGAGGCAGUACUUGGGGUGGACUGGCUGAGAACCUUAGGUAAUAUUUCUUGGGAUUUUGAUAAAUUACAUAUGCAGUUUACUGCCAAUGGUCGAGAACAUAUGUUAGUGGGCAACAAUUCUACUUCCAUUUUAUUGUUGGAUGUCUCUUUCAUGCACAAGGUCUUUCAAGAUACUCAACAUGGUUUUUUCUUGCAAUUGGUGCCAUCUCCGACUACUUCAGAAAUUCACUCUCAGGUACCCACUGCAGUCUCUGACUUGCUUUUACUAUUUUCUGAUUUGUUUGCUUCACCUACUGCUUUACCACCUCCGAGAAAGUAUGAUCAUUGUAUUCCUUUACUUCCUAAUACAUCACCAUUUAAUGUUAUACCCUAUGGAUACCCCUAUUUUCAGAAGGCAGAAAUUGAAAAGAUUGUUCAAGAACUCUUAGAUACAGGUUUGAUUCGAACUAGUUCUAGUCCAUUUUCUUCUCCAGUACUCUUGGUUCGAAAAAAGGAUGGUUCUUGGCGUAUGUGUGUGGAUUAA